AUGCUUCUAUGGAAGGGUUUGUCAUCCGAUAGACUACACUCAAAUGACUCUCUGUUCAUCAUGAGAUGUGAUUCAGAAGAGAAUCAAAUUGUGUUAAACCAAGAUUCUACUGCGCAAGGGAAGUCAUACGAUGCGGAUGAAGAAAAUGACUUUAUGGAGGCAUUUGUAAAGAAUGUGAUUCACAUCGAGGAACACAAUAAGGAGCAUCGUUUGGGUAGAAAGACCUUUGAGAUGGGAUUGAAUGAAAUUGCUGAUCUGCCCUUCUCGCAAUAUCGAAAACUUAACGGGUAUCGUCAUCGUCGUCAAUAUGGUGACUCUAUGCGAUCAAAUGGUACCAAGUUUUUGGCACCAUUCAAUGUUCAGGUCCCAGAUGAUGUGGACUGGCGUGAAAAGGGACUUGUAACCCCAGUGAAGAAUCAAGGAAUGUGCGGAUCAUGUUGGGCAUUUUCUUCUACUGGUGCGCUUGAAGGACAGCACGCACGUGCUACUGGCAAACUGGUCUCCCUCUCCGAGCAAAAUCUUGUUGAUUGUUCGACGAAGUAUGGAAACCAUGGCUGCAACGGUGGUCUUAUGGAUUUGGCCUUCGAAUAUAUCAAGGACAACCACGGCGUCGACACCGAGGACAGUUACCCCUAUGUUGGAAGAGACAUGAAGUGCCACUUUAAGAAGAGUACUGUUGGAGCCGAUGACAAGGGUUUCGUCGAUCUCCCCGAGGGCGAUGAAGAAGCCUUAAAAGUUGCCCUUGCCACUCAAGGCCCAAUUUCGAUCGCUAUUGACGCUGGUCACAGGACCUUCCAGUUGUACAAGAAGGGGGUGUACUUUGACGAGGAAUGCUCUUCUGAGGAGCUAGAUCACGGUGUCCUACUUGUAGGCUACGGUACCGAUCCUGAAGCUGGAGAUUAUUGGCUCGUAAAGAACAGUUGGGGACCAACCUGGGGAGAAAAAGGCUACAUUCGUAUUGCCCGCAAUCCGUAA